UGUCCGACAGCGUUCAUAGCUGUCCGUGAAAUAAGCUACCCACCGGUGUACCAGGCCAAUUAUCCUGCCACUUUCUGCCCGCUGGCACACGCUUGCGUCUGUUUUUAAGAGUGCGUUUUAAUGACGGUCACUGCCGGCGGCUUUUAACGGCUCGUUUCGUCUGGCGAGAGUGUGGACAGCGACGCUAAGCUUCGGGAAUCGUUUCGUCGAGAUAGCGCUCGUAUCUUUAGUACCGUUGUGCUGGUGUGAGGCUUAGAGGGCAACAGAAGCUCGUCGGUCUGAAUGUGAAUGAAGCGGAGAGUAUGAACAAAAUCCGCGCGAAUCCCUCGUGAUGCAUCUGAGGGUGGUUUUUAAAAGAGCCCACAUCCUCUGCACCUGCUUACAAAGGAGAGAUGAAGGAGUCUCUAAAUUUUACAUUUACAAGAUCCUGCACCGAAGGCGUUGUAAGUUGCUCUCUCUGGGCGUCACAGGUUCAUGCGGCACUGAUGUUAAAGAGAACCGCAAUCUGGACAACCUCUCCGCCAAGGUGAGUCUGGGGGAGGGGCUGCAGGUAGCCAAUGGGAGCGCUCUGGGGCAGGGCCGCAAGCGGCCCCUGGAGGAGGGCAGCAAUGGCCACGCCCAUGCCAAGUUCCGGCCAAAGAAGCGCAAGAAGGCGCCGGGCCCGGUACUGCCCAAGAAUGCCCUGAUGCAGCUGAACGAGAUCCGCCCGGGCCUGCAGUACUGCUUGGCAUCGCAGACGGGGCCCGUGCAUGCGCCUGUCUUCGCCAUGAGUGUGGAGGUGAACGGGCAGCUGUUCGAAGGCACGGGCCCCACCAAGAAGAAGGCCAAGCUGAACGCCGCCGAGAAGGCCCUGCGCUCCUUCGUGCAGUUCCCCAACGCCUCGGAGGCUCACCUGGCCAUGGGCCGCACGCUCACCGUCAACACGGACUUCACCUCGGACCAGGCCGACUUCCCCGAUGUGCUCUUCAACGGCUUCGAGACGCCCGCGCCGCCGGACGACCCCCUCGACCCCCCCGACCCGGCCGCGUGCACCCGACGCCCGCCCGGCUUCCCGGGCGAGCGCCCACCGCCCCCAUCCCUGCCCACUGCCCCCCAACGGCGCCUGGCGCCUCCGGCUGGCCACAGCAAGAACGCGGUGAUGAUCCUCAAUGAGCUGCGGCCGGGGCUCAGGUAUGAGUUCGUGGCCGAGAGCGGCGAGAGCCACGCCAAGAACUUUGUGAUGGCGGUCACCGUGGACGCGCAGGCGUUCCAGGGCUCGGGGCGCAACAAGAAGCUGGCCAAGGCGCGGGCGGCCCAGGCGGCGCUGUCGGGGCUCUUCAACAUGCAGCUGGACCAGACGCCAUCCAGGCAGCCAAUCCCCAGGGACGGCCUGCAGCUACACCUCCCCCAGGUCCUGGCAGAUGCCGUUUCUCGGCUGGUGGUGGAAAAGUUCAGUGAGCUGACAGACAACUUCACAUCCCCUCAUGCACGACGGAAAGUCCUUGCAGGCAUUGUCAUGACAACGGGGACGGAUGUGAAGGAUGCGCAGGUGAUCUGUGUUUCCACGGGAACCAAGUGCAUAAAUGGCGAAUACAUGAGCGAUCGAGGCCUGGCUCUUAACGACUGCCAUGCAGAGAUCAUCGCACGGCGCUCGCUCAUCAGAUACUUGUACAGCCAGCUGGAGUGCUUUCUCAGUAACAGUGCGGAAGAUCAUUCCCAGUCCAUAUUCCAGCGGUGCGAACAGCAUGGAUAUCAGCUGAAGGAGGGUGUUCAGUUCCACCUGUACAUCAGCACUUCACCGUGUGGAGACGCGCGCAUCUUCUCACCGCACGAGUCUGCAGUAGAAGACCAGGGUGACAGGCACCCAAACAGGAAGGCCCGUGGCCAGCUGCGCACCAAGAUUGAGUCUGGGGAGGGGACGAUCCCGGUGCGCACCACCAACACCAUCCAGACAUGGGACGGCGUCCUACAGGGCGAGAGGCUGCUCACCAUGUCCUGCAGCGACAAGAUCGCCAGGUGGAAUGUGGUCGGGGUGCAGGGCUCCCUGAUGAGUUAUUUUUCAGGACCCAUCUAUUUCUCCAGCAUAAUCCUGGGCAGUUUGUACCACGCCGACCACCUGUCACGGGCCAUGUACCAGCGCAUCGCUGAGAUAGAGGAGCUACCGCAGCCCUUCAUUCUCAACAGACCGCUGCUCAGUGGUAUUAGCAAUGCAGAGGCGAGGCAGCCUGGUAAAGCUCCUAACUUCAGUGUGAACUGGACCGUCGGGGAUCAAGGGUUAGAGGUCAUCAAUGCCACCACGGGGAAGGACGACCUCGGGCGACCUUCGCACCUCUGCAAACAUGCCCUGUACAGCCGCUGGGUCCGCCUGCAUGCAAAGCUCUCCCAGACCUUGAGAAUCCACGUGGCAAGACCAGCCACAUAUCAGGAAGCCAAGCAGGGAGCAGCACAGUACCACACAGCCAAACAGACUCUCAUCAGAGCCUUCCACACAGCAGGCCUGGGCGCCUGGGUGAAAAAGCCCAUCGAACAGGACCAGUUUCCCCUCACGCAGUGAGGGAGAGACAGCGAGCGUGGGGGGUGACUGUUUUUACCAGGUGUUACGGCUCAACCUCUAGUAGUCCUCUUUAUAUUUCUGGCUUUUUACAUAUUUUACUGUAUGUCACUUUUUUAUCCGAGUUGCUCUUAUGACCUCUGAAGAAUCACGUUAUUUAAAAUAACAGAAACCCCAUAUAGCUUAUUUAAAUAAUCCUUAUAUCUCAUCGUUUGUUAUUUAAACAUUUUUAUUUGUGGCAAGUACAUUCUCGUAUCCUCAGCUCAAGGUCAGUCAGAUGACCAUAUGAUUUUUUUUGUCUUGGCGUCUGUUGGUUCGUUUGUCUUUUUGUAGAAUGUGUUAAGAAUGAUUUUCCAGAUUGUUUUGUGUUAUGACAAAAGGCUAACUCUGUUUUAGCCAUUCUAGUUGCAGCUUUCUUACACUGACGUUGACCAGUCCAGAGGGGAAAAAAGAUUUUCCCCUUAUUAUUUUCAUAAAUUG